AUCCAUUCAAGAGCUUGCCGCGGCCGAGAGUUCAUGAGAGAGAACGAAGCAUUAUCUAUUCUCGACAGGACAUAGGCUGUUCUCCACGAACCAUUGGAAUGUUUCGCAAUUUAUGAAGAUAUUUUUGAUCUGUAUUUGGAACAGAACAGAAACGUAAAAACUGAGCUACGGAUUUAAAAACGUAUAUUUUAGCCUACAUAUAGGCUACGGACUGCUAUUAUAUAACAGGAGCACAGCGUCAAUUCGACGUUACCUUCAGUGAGUCAUUGAUAAACGCACAGGCAUUCCAUACAGUCGCUUGAAUGAGUGCUGUGUAGCCUUAGAUAAUUUGCUAACGAAUAUACACGUUGGGUUUCGUGUUUUAUCUAUUUAAAUUGCGUCAACCGGGCAAGCAAGAGUGCAGUUAAUGCAACUUCAGCGUUUAGAAUUAGACGAAUUCAUUUUAUCAGAUAUAUUUUUAUGAAUGGUUACGCUGUGAUUACUUAAAUGCCUUUAUCAUCGCGGCGUACAAUCUCCAUAUUGUUCUGCACUUGCUAAAUAGGUUACAUCUGACAGUUCAUUUUAAGCCUUGUUUCAGGGUUUUCUCCCUAAUGCUAGAUAAGUUCAAACCCGUUCAUUUCGAUUCCAUAAUGGCGAUCAGCAAGACAGUGGACUGGCUGAAAGAACAGGUUCUGGCGCGCAGCAACAGCCUGCUAGUGAUGGACUGCCGAGCUCACGAGCUGUACGAAUCCUCGCACGUUGAGACUGCGAUAAACGUUGCCAUUCCAAGCCUCAUGCUUCGGCGACUGAAGAAGGGCAACCUGCCCAUCAAGUCUCUUCUCGCCAACGGCGAGGACCGGGAGAAAUUUGCCAGAAGGUGCAAGACGGAUACCAUCGUGCUUUACGACGAGUACAGUCGGGAAUGGAACGAAAAUGUUGACGGGGGCUCGGUGCUGGGAUUGCUGCUGAGGCGGAUGAAAGACGAAGGCUACAAGGCUUUUUAUCUGGAAGGGGGCUUCAGCAAAUUUCAAACAGAGUUCCCUGCCCUGUGUGAGACGAAUUUGGACAGCACUUCCAGCAACAGUUCCCCCACGGCGCAAGUUUUGGGGUUAGGGGGACUACGGAUAAGUUCCGACUCUUCAGACAUUGAAUCUGACAUCGAUCGUGACCCCAACAGCGCAACCGACUCGGACGGAAGUCCACUAUCAAAUCCUCAGCCUUCCUUCCCAGUGGAGAUCCUGCCGCAUUUAUACCUGGGAUGCGCAAAAGACUCCACAAAUCUGGACAUUUUGGAAGAAUACGGCAUCAAGUACAUUCUGAACGUCACACCAAACCUGCCCAAUCUAUUUGAGAAUGCUGGAGAGUUUAAGUACAAGCAGAUCCCCAUCUCCGACCACUGGAGCCAGAAUCUUUCUCAGUUCUUCCCCGAAGCCAUCGGCUUUAUUGAUGAGGCCCGUGGUCAGAAGUGUGGAGUCCUGGUCCACUGUCUGGCUGGCAUUAGUCGGUCUGUUACUGUCACUGUGGCCUACCUCAUGCAGAAGCUCAACCUCUCCAUGAAUGACGCCUAUGACAUUGUCAAGAUGAAGAAGUCAAACAUCUCCCCAAACUUUAACUUCAUGGGCCAGCUUCUGGACUUUGAACGGACUCUGGGCCUGAACAGUCCCUGUGACAACCGCAUCCCCCCCACCUCCACCCAACCCCUCUACUUUACCACUCCCACCAACCACAACGUCUUUCAGCUGGAUCCGUUGCAGUCCACGUGAGCUUCCAUCGACAUCUGCUCCGACACGGAGGGUGACCACUUUUGAAAUCAUAUUUUGUCUCCUGUUAAGAGGUCUUUACGGGACUGUCACAGUCGAGGUCUUGAUGUGGAUCGUCACAGCUGGAUGACGCUGACAGCUGUGUGGUGUAGUUUCUGAAGUACGUGUGACCUGGCUAAGGCUGGAGCACAGCCGCUACCUUUGAGAUGCUAUCGUGCUCUCUCUCAUUUUCAAUGAGUCUGAUUUUCAGAAUGUCAGGUGAUGCAAUCAAAAACAGUAGACCGUAGCAUUUGAACCCAUAGCUUGGGAUGCCAAAGAGACCUGGUUGGCUUAACUGGACAUAUUUUUAUGGACUUGGCACAUGCACCUACAGACUCAUGAUCAGCCUGGGUGUACAUUUUUUGUCUUCUGUGAAGACAUUCCUGUUUCUGAUCCCCAAAGUUAUGAGGGCACAGUAUUUGCCACUCCAUGUUGUUUGUGUGGAGUUGUUUGAAAUGUUUAUACAUAUGUAUAUGUAUAUAUUAAAGACUUGAGGGUAAAGCCUUGCUCUAGUAAGUUUGCAAGCAAGUGGGUACUGAUGGUUUUUAAGUUUUACUCUAUGUAAACCUGCAUACUGAAUAUUGAUCUUUAUCACAAUUUAAUAAGCCAAAACAUAUACGUUUUUUUCCAGAUUUUACAUGUGUAUAUGUGUAAUAUAUUUAAUAUAUUUAGACUUUUUGCUUAAUGUAUGAAUUCAAUCAAUAGCCCUUUCUUUUGCUUAUGCACCCCACCACCCUCCCCCCCCAAAAAAAAAAUCAGAUUUUCAUGUCUUAGCUCUGUACAUACCGUCCAAAAAAAUAUCCUAUGACAUUUAUCUGAAAGAACCCCCCCCCUCCCGUUAAUCUACCACCUGUACAGGCAGACAAAUCCACAGAAAGCAGAAGGGUCCUACUGUACUUUGGUGCUGUGGGAUGUGUUCAGGUUGUGAUUGUGCAUGUGACUGUAAUGAUGUGGGAGGAUUCUAUGCUGAAUACUAGGGCCGUUUGAGCUUUAUGCGACCUGGGAUGAUUCCUUGGGUCAGUUUAUUUUCACGAGGGACCUAGAAAGGGUUAAUUAAUGUUUGUUCUUGUGCAAGGAAUUGAGAAUUGUGUUUUCUUUGGAAACACUGUCAGGCUGAGAAGGCAUUACCUCUUAAUCCUUUCAUGGAUUUUCUAUAAAAUGUUAUUUUUGUGGAGAGCAGGGACUAGUGUGAGGUGAAGUUUGAAUGUGGGAAGGCUGAGGGUCGGGUUUGCCAGCUGUAAUCUUACCUAUCCAAUAAAGUGGAGUUUAAGGCAUGGGAUUCUUUUAAAGAAUGUAAAGAGAAUUAAAUUAUUAAUAAAUUCCUAUUUUGUCUA